UCUCUACUCAAAUUAUAGUUUCCUUUGUCAAAUUUAUUUUAGACCCCCUAUUUUUUUAGAAGGUACACUUAAAUACAUGAUUAUUUAUAGUUAUCAUGGAGUUUGUUCUCUAUAUAAUUAAACACUACUAAUAUAGUAGAGUUGCUUUGUGAAAGUGACUGAUUUUAGGUUUGCUUGCCAUUUGUUAGUAGGUUUUCAACUUCGCUCAAAAAAAAUAUUAUAUAUAACCAUCCUUAUUUACCUAGUCAAUAUAGAGGAUGAUGUCUGAAGUACCUCUAUUACCGAAGAUAACUGAUUUUUUUUAAAUUGAAUGCAUGGCAGACCCUGAACGAAAGGUAAAUCCAAUGAUAAUGGAACUGCGAUUUUAAUUUCAUGAAUACAGGACAUGUAAUGCAUUAUGGACUUCAUGUAUUGCCAAGGGCUAGAGUAAUCUCUAAAAAAUAUCUCAUUAAACUUGAGGGGAACAGCAAUAUAGUUCGGAGAAUGGGUUGUGAGUAGCUGUAGGAGACUUAAGAACUGCGAUAUUUAUUGUGUCAUAUGCAUGCUCGUGCUUGUGAUCUUCCUUCGCAUUAAAGCUAUGUUGCUCGAUGCCAUAUCCACCUUCCCAUCCCAGCUGAUAGAAGGAGCUGCAUAGGUCCCUCUGAUAAGCAUGGCUAAAACUAACAGAGGAUUCCAAAAGUGUCUCCCAGCUAUGGUUCUCGUCAUCUUCUAUUUCUGGUUCAAUCAAAGGCUUCUCUUCGGCCUCGAUCACUUUUCCUUUGAUGUCAUCAGUAUCUCUUCUCGUCACUACUUGUCUUUCAGUGAAAUCCGAAGGAGAUGCCGCAGAAGAUGAUGAAUGGCUAGUUAUUGGGGACGAAGACUCCGUUAACUGCCACAUUCCACUCAGAAAACUUUCCAAAGCCUUGAUUUGUAUGUAUGGAAUUGGCUCCACCGAGGGAUACUCGUACAGUCCACACAUACCCUUUACCUUGCACCACUCAUAAAACUCGUAAAGUUCAUUAGUUUGAACUGCAGCUUUCUUGUAUAUAUUGAAAGCGGCUAUGCAGUUUCUAUACGGCAUCUCAAGCAGAUUGUCCAAAACCCCAACUAUUUCUCUUCUGAAUUUUGUGUAACAAACGAAGCUGUCACGAAGUAUGAGUUUCAUGGCACACUGCACAAUAAAACUUCGUGAUGCAACCCCUACUGGUUGCAGCCGUAGGUUCCUCUUUCUCAUCUACUUCCUGUCCUUCCAUUGUGUUGUCAUCAAAAGCAACGCAGUUAAGGGCUUCAUCCAGAAGGUGUGCGUAGGAUGUGACAAAGUUUGUGAAGGAAACCGGACAAGAGGAAGAUUCAUCCCUGAAAUGGCAAGGGUGGAGAGAAAUCAAGGCAUUGGAACGUGUCCACAAGAGUUCAUUCCAGAGGGUGCUUUUUCCCGGGACAGAACGAAGCAAACGGUGAAGAAGAAUGAGACAUUUGAGUGCAACACGCCAGCUACGAGUGGUUCCAAAUCGACGAGUGAAGCUAACUGCGAAGGAGUUGCAGGUAGUCGGAGAAAUGGAGAAGAGUUUCAAAAGCUGCUGUAUGUACUUUUCUUGCAGAGGCACGUCAUCUGGGGUUGUUGCUUUUAUGAUGAUGAUGUUCAUGUCAGAGAAGCCACCCACUGCAACAAACUUUGCAUAGCUCAUGAAGCUGCGUUCUUUUAAAGAAGUGCAAACUUUCCUGAACCGCCUCUGCAUUGUUUUUUUUUUCUUUAUAAGCUUUUUUGGUGUAUGAGAUGAGACGGUGAUGUGGGGGUGGAAGAAGAGAAGAGAAGAGAAGAGAGAAAGAUGAUCGUUUUCAAGGGUAAACCUUAAAAAUGGUGUCCCAAGAUUAUUGUGUUUUGUUGUCACUCUGUACUAAAUUGACCUUUUUUUGGAGUGGGGUUUGGUCUUUGGUCCUGUCGGGGCUACAACUACGAGGGAAAUUGUUGUGUAGCAGUUCACAAAUGCCGGAUGGAGAUGUAAACUAAUACCUCUCGAAAGAGACAGAAAGCCUGCAAAAUUUUAGCCUUAUGCUCAAGGUAAUUUGGGUCAGUUUAGGAGUUAUGCUAUGGAAAUUCGACGAGGGCCCAAAUUGAAGAACAAUUACAAAAGUCGAAAUAAAAUCCUAAUACUUUUUGGUAUCUUUUAUGGGAAAUAUAUUCAUUCCUGUUCGAAAAUUUACUGAA